AUGAGCCCAGAAUCUGAAAAUUUAUUUAGAAUGGUAAAUUUACUAGGUGAUAUACGUAAAAAAGCCAAUGAAUCAAAUAAAUUAGAAUUAGAAUUAAAAGAAAGCAUCAUAAAUAUUCAAGAAAUAUUAAAUAAUAGAACUAAACGGCUUGCAUUAAAAAAUGAUAAAUUUAAAUGUUAUUCCCUGGCAAGUCAAGAAGAGAUUAUUGAAGUAUUUGAA